CUUGGCCAGUACGAAGAGGACUUCAAGCAUUGGCGGCGCAAAGAACCAAUCAGAAAGCUUCACUCAACAUCGUCAAAGUUUAUCAGAGUCCACCACAACGCAGUUGGGCUUUCCGGAACAUUGCCCAAGAGUGCGAUGACCUUGAGGACGCUGAGGACUUCAUCUUUUCCGAGGUAUCUUCCAAGGAGCUUAAUCUACAGCAGAACAACGCGACACGGCAUAUUCGACCUGCCUAAUGAUCAGUCGAGCUUAGAACAAGCAAGCAAAGAUUCGUGCCUAGUUGUUGAUCCUUGAACUUGGCACCGCCUCGUCGCAGCUAACUCGCCAGGAUCAUUUGACCACUGAUGACUCGGGGCUUCUUAACGAUAUCUGAUACGUCCUCGAGCCGAUCUACAGCCUUACGAUGAGAACACAGGGACAUGCCAGCAGCGGCAGCAUGGGUACUUGUGGGAGCUCAUGACUGGCAGGGAAUCGUUUUGGAGCAUUUGGAAGAGUGGAAAGCCCUCUAUGGCAACCCUGCUACGGAAUUGGCUUCCCAGCAGCCCAGCGAGCCUUUUUCGCAGGGCCCUAGCUUAGACUCGAUGCCUCGCCUGUCAACACCGAGCACAUCAGCAAAAGAUCGCCCUGCCCUGCAGUCGAGACUUUCCCAGCAUCUUCAAGGCUUUGAGGUCGCAACACCCUUACGGAAGCAGCAGCAGCUGAGGCAUCGGCAACCUGAUACUGCUACUGCUACCACUACUCAGUUCAAUAAAGCGCCCUGCCUGAUCAUAUUCGCUCGAUGUGCACAGCCCAGUCAAUGAGCUGUAUCUCCAACCUAUCAGCGGACGAGAGGACGUACAUAAGAGUCUACAUCAAGAACGCUUGGGUAAAGCUGAACGAGUACUACACUACCCUCAGGGAAAUUCCCUCUUUACGCAACAUCCAUCAUUCACAC